AUGAUGGAAUCAGAUUCAACAAUCGUUCAAAUGAAUAAUGAUGAGAAAAUUUAUUAUGAGAAAGUGGAUGAAUAUAUUAAUUCAUUAGAUAAAAAGUUUCGUGAAAAAUGUGUUAUCAAGCAACAAGUUUACGAUGAUAUCCUGAAAUGCUUACUAUUACCAAAAGGUUCACCACCUGAUGCAUAUUCAUCAACAUUUGUUUAUUGGGGGGGAGGGGGAGCCUCCUUAAUCGACAUACGUACAAGUCCUGAUAAAACAUCACCUGAUAUUACUUAUUCUUGGAUUUUAAAUUGCAUCGAUCACUUUAGUAAAUUUUCAUGGGCCUUUCCGUUACGAAAUAAAUCUGCUAAUGAAGUUGCAACAAAAUUACGUGAUUUAUUUUUUACUUUUGGACCACCACGAAUACUUCAUUGUGAUAAUGGCCGUGAAUUUAUUUCGAAUGUUAUUACAGAAUUAAAAAAUCUGUUUCCAGAUCUAGUUUUUAUUCGAGGAAGACCAAGGCAUCCGCAAAGUCAAGGAUACAUCGAAAGAGCAAAUGGAAUUUUAUGUGAUGCUCUCGCACCAGUUAUUUGUGGUAUUAACACAACAAUGUCUUCUGUAACCAAAACAACAGCAUAUGAAGUGAUGUUUGGACAACAACCUCGUUCCGAUUCUGAUUUUUGGAAGUUAAUUCAACAGAACGGUGUCGAAGAUGAAGAAAACUUACCAACUCCAGUUGCUGAAUUAAAUGAUGAUUUAAAUGAUGAUCAAGGUGAUAGUUUAAUUAAUUUCGACAAAGAUAUUGAUGCUGACCUAGUUGAUCUUGUUAAUAAAUUAUCUAAUGAUGCUGUUUCUUGUUCAUUAUCUAACACACCAUCAACACCCAGAUCGCUAUCAAUUGCCGAAAAAACAUAA